GGUAUUCGACAGCGAACCUCCAUGCUGAUAGUACGUAAGCGCUUGUCUUCUUGUUACCGAUUACCGGAGUUAUGCAUUCGUAAAAUAUACACACGCGACCGGAGUUUUGUUUAAUAUUUCCAGUGACUGUGUUUCUUGAAUUAAUUUUUGGUGUUAACUGUGUUUCAUUUUACUUAUACUCUCAGACGUUAUUAAAAAGGAUUUUGGAUUUUUUUUUGACAAGUUGGACUAAACGUGAUCACAACGCUGGAACAUUUAAGGCCUAUUGUGGCUUCUAUCACCACCUUAAUUGGGAACUGUGAGAAUAUGGAGGCCACUUACUGCGUUGGUACUGAUGUAGACGUUUGCAGGAUGUUUGAUCAGUACUUGUAUAAGAGAUCAGAAAACGUAGAUUUGUCGUUGAGCAUACCGCAGUCAAAUUUUCAAUCAAACGGCUACGAUAUGGGUGACCAGACUUUUCAUACUCCCAGUUUCGGUGAUGAGGAAUUCGAUAUACCGGCCAUCAAUCCGCAGCAGCAGCAACAGCAGUCGCACUCGGAUCAACAUUACCAGCCCCCAAUGCAGGGAAUGCAACAGAUGAAUCAGCAAAUAAAUCAACAGCAGGACGCAUUGGGUAUGCAUGAUCCUACGGGAGGUUUUCAGCAACCAUUGUAUUUGUCCGGCCCGGAUCACGGCAUGGUAAAUAAUUCGUAUCACAGUCCUCAACCUAAUUAUCCAUCGCCACAACAGCAACAACAACACAAUAAUCAGUUGCUGAUGAUACAACAACAGCAGCAACAACACCAUCAACAACAACAGCAGCAGCAACAUCAACAGCAACAACAUCAACAACAGCAACAUCAACAACAGCAACAUCAACAACAGCAACAUCAACAGCAUCAUCAACAGAUGAUGAUGAGUCACGGUCAACCACCGCCUCAAUCUAUGGGGCAAUAUGGGACGUCACCGCAGCAUCCUCAAGGGAGAGGCAAUAGUCCACCAGCUCCUGGACAGGAACCGACAACUAGCGACGAUAGUGAUGAUAGCACGCCACAUCCUGCAAUAAUAACAGCGAUGAAAAGGCCGUCUCCUGAACCGGCCGAUCAGACUUUAACGAAGGCGCAAAAGAAACCGAAAGUACAAAAGAAGAAGAAGAAGAGAGAUCCCAAUGAACCACAAAAACCGGUUUCAGCGUACGCGUUAUUCUUCAGAGACACUCAAGCUGCAAUCAAAGGACAAAAUCCAAAUGCUAGUUUUGGAGAAGUUUCAAAAAUUGUGGCGUCCAUGUGGGAUGCUUUAGAUUCCGAACACAAAAAUGUUUACAAAAAGAAAACUGAAGCGGCCAAAAAAGAAUACCUAAAAGCAUUGGCGGCGUACAGGGCGAGUUUAGUCUCUAAAGGAGCGGGCGAAAACGAAGGCAUGUACGGAAACUAUCCCAAUUACCAAGGCGGCGGACCCCCUCAGUAUUCUUCCUACCAACCACAAGGUACCAUUCCAUCACCUCCGAUGUCAGCCCCACCUUCGGCUACUCCUCCCGCCCAGUCCCCCAUCGGGAAGAAACCACCGAUGAUGGGAGGCAUGCCUCAGUCACCACAACAAGGACACCAGGGAAUGAUGCAGACUAACAUGGGGCCAGUGCCAAAUCACAUGAACAUGCAACACAUGCAGCAACCACAGCAACACAAUAGUUAUAUGCAACAGUUUAUUCGAUUUUCUACCCAGGUUCCUCAACAGCAACAUGUACCAAUGUCCCCACAGCAACAACAACCACACGUUUCAGUGUCACCUCACAGCCAUAUGCAACAGCCAUCUCCUCAUAUGCAACAACAUAUGAGUCCCCCACCUAUGGUGUCCAGUUCCCCACCCGUCUCAGCCCCGGCACCCACUAUCCCUACAUCGGUAGCCCAACCUAAUGUCGGACAAGGUCAAGGAAUGAGACCACAGAACGCUUGUAUACGUCACGGAUGUCCUAAUCCAGCCAUCACAAAUCCCGAAUGGGAAGAUGAGUACUGCAGUAAUGAAUGUGUGGUUAGCCAUUGCCGAGAUGUAUUCACAGACUGGGUGUCGGCCAACAAGAACCAAUCACAGAAUUUUUCAGCAGUUAAGUAAAUUCAUCUCUAGGGGGCAGUUGCAAACUUAGGAAGAGUUAACAAAAAAAAGUAGCAAUACCAACAAGAAUCUACAUUAUUCUAUGCUAGGCAAGAAAAAAGUUAUAAAAUCAGGUUUCGUAAAAAAAUGUGUAAUAGUGAGAGGAUAUAGAAAUAAGAAUUGUAAAUAAAAUGAUAAUCAUUUUAGUAUGUGAGGUUGUAUUGAAGCAAUACGAUUUCAUUCUAUAGGUAUACAAUACUAAGAAAAUAAUAUUGUAAUACUAGCAUUAUCCGUUGUAUAUUCGGUAUGAGGUAGACAAAAAUAUUACCAAACAUGAGUUGAAAAAUCUAAAUUUUUAAUCUCAUUAGAAUGCAGUAUCUAUUUAGAUAAAUUGUAGGUGAGGUAAUUAAAAAUUCUCGUUUCAUGAUAAAAACAACAUUCUGAUGAUGAUAUUCAGAUUACAAAUUAGAUUUUUUUCAAAAUUAUUUGCCUUUAGUAAGUUUGCGUCAACUAAAUGUGUAUACUAUACACAAAAUCGAAAUACUGUUGUUAUAUCCCAAUAAUUUUCUCCUCGUAAGGUGAAUUCUAAUAUGAUACUAAGGUUUCUAAAUCGUUUAUCCACACCUGGUUAAAAAAUUUGCAUAUAAUUCUAUAAAUAUGAUUUAUUUAAAUUUAAUUAUGUUUAAAACAAUAAAUAUUGACUAAAAUAUAUAGAUGCAAAUAUACCUAUAUUUAAGGUCUUUUUACAUACACAAAAGCACGCGCAGAUGAAGGUUAAGCUAAUUGUUCCAUACAAGAUCUCGCACUUGCAACGUUUUCGGAUUUGUUGCCAUUUUUAUUGAGUGCAAGAGCUACAAUUCUAGGGAGAAGUCUAGUUACUUCUAUCAUUAGCAGAUAUCAUUAUUAACAGUUAUUCAUUGACCACUUUUAUCUUGUUCAUUUUACUUUUCACCUCCAUUCCACUCUAUUAAAUAUUUUGACUUUGGAAAAAAUUGCACGCAACUUCUUACAAGUUGUCUUUAAAGGCGAGAUCUUGAAUGAAUUAUACAGUUCAGCAAUUCUAAGGAGAAAUCUGGUUAUUUUUGGCUCAACAAAUCAGCUGACUUUCGUAAAACUUAGAUUUAUUUUCAUUAUUAAAUUAGGCACAAAAUAUUGAAUGAAAUUUGAGGUUAGCAAUUUGAUAAAUUUCGCUUAUGGAAUUUUAGUUGGUGGCAGCCAUAAUGCAAAGGCAUGAGACCUACAUUAUGGCCGCUUGUCAUGAUGCAAUACAACGUGCAAUGCAAUGCAAUAUGCAAUAUUGCUUAAUCAAAAGCAUCCGCAGAUGAAAUUCAUGCAACUUGCAACAAUGGUUUGCUGCUAUUUUUAUCGCGUGUUCGUUACAAUUCUAGGGAGAUUUAUUAGUUUUUCAAAUGUUUCUUCAUCCAUUCUCAACCAAUUUUUUUAUGUUUUCUCGUCUAAUUCUAUAGCCAAAUUCAUGUUUCCCCUUGUUCUCUCUAGACAGGGCCUGGCCCAGCAUCGCCUGGGUGCACUUUUCCAUCCUUCAAAUAUUUACUAAUAGCAACAGGAAAAUCCUCACUUACAAAUUCUCACUUCACUCUGGUAAGUGAAGUGGGAAUUCAGUGGUUAAUUGGAAUUAAUCUAGUUAGCAAUCGAUAUUCCUAUGUUUCAUAAAAAUAUUUCCAAUACUGUGUAUACAGUUAUAUAAUGUUGCUACUACGCUUACUAGGUCUCGAGCUGGUAAAAUAUUUCUGUCUGCCUUAUUUAAAAAAAAAAACAUUGUUAUUUCAUGCUCUGUAAAUGCAUGUACUCCUUGAAUAAAAAUUUGUAGUUAGAUAUGUCAAAA